CUGCAGUUUUCAGUCAACACACCCGCACAGGCUCAGACCGAGAUUACGCACCGCCUGCGAUGGCUGUGUCAUCUGUGGUCACUGUUGGUCAUUUCCACGCGGGAGAUCCUUUACGCGCCGUUUAAGUUCAUUCAAGACCGUUUGGAUGAUUUCUUCAGUCCAUUAGAUGAUUUUUCACCCGUAAACGUCUGAUCUACACUCAUGACUGAGUUCAUGAUUUUUUUAAAAACUUUAGUCUAAUCCAAGAAGAGGAAAAUGGAUGGUGUUAUUUUGUCUUUUUUCCUAAUAUUAAUCCAAGAGGUGCACACUUUGCGUUAUGGCACCGCCAGAGACCUGCAACCAUAUAUGCCCAAUGUGUGCGUGGAGAGGGAGGUGACACUGGUCGCCCAGAGGCAGCCGUGUGUGCAGGCCUUCACACGCAUGGUUAAAGUGUGGAAGCAAGGCUGUGUGGGGCAGUCGUGGUGCAUGGGAUACGAGAGGAGGACGGCAUACUACACGGCAUACAGACAAGUGUACAGACAGGAUUAUGACACUGUGUACAAGUGUUGCCCUGGAUGGUCUCAACUUAAUGGAGAAGCGGGUUGUCUUUAUCCUGUGUGCAGCUACGGUGUGUGCUUCAACGGGGGCCAUUGUCGGGCGGGUUCCACCCAGCUCUGUGACUGUCCUGCAGGGUUCAAUGGACCCAGCUGCCAGUAUGAUGUGAACGAGUGUGAGGAGACCAAUGGAGGCUGUGCGGCUCUGUGCUGUAACACCAUAGGAAGCUUCUACUGCCGGUGUCCUUCUGGACAAAUACUGAGCGAAGACAGUAAAACAUGUAAAGAUAUCGAUGAAUGCCAGGUCCACAAUGGAGGCUGCCAGCACAGAUGUGUUAACACCAGGGGCUCCUACUACUGCGAAUGUCACCCGGGCUCUCGCCUGCAUGUGGACGCCCGCACCUGCCUCGCUGUCCAUUCAUGUGCCAUCAGCAACGGAGGAUGUGAACACUACUGUGUGCAGCAGUCCGCCGCUCACUUCCGCUGCCGAUGCAAAGCAAACUACAUCCUGGCAGAGGACGGCAAGCACUGCAAGCUGCAGAACCCGUGUGCAGAUCAGAACGGAGGCUGUGCGCACGUUUGUCAAGUCGAUGGUGGCAAAGCUCACUGUGACUGUAAGCUCGGUUACGUCCUCGCUGAAGACAGGAAAACCUGUGAAGAUAUUGACGAGUGUGAGACUGAAGAAGCCAACUGUGCUCACGGCUGCCACAACACGCUGGGCUCCUACGCGUGUGUUUGUCACACUGCCUAUGAGCUGGGGUCUGAUGGGAAACAGUGUUACAGAAUUGCGAUGGAGAUCGUGAACAGCUGUGAGAACAACAACGGCGGCUGUUCGCACCGCUGCCAGCACUCAACCAGCGGGCCUGCCUGCUCCUGUAACCACGGUUACAGACUGGACGAGGACCUUAAAACCUGCCUUGACGUCGACGAGUGUGGAGAGCAGAGCUCCUGCUGCGAGCAGGACUGCACCAACUACCCUGGAGGUUACGAGUGCUACUGCUCCGCGGGAUACAGGCUCAACUCGGACGGAUGUAGCUGUGAUGACGUAGAUGAGUGUCUGGCUGGCAAUGCCGGCUGUGAUCACACGUGCCAGAACAGCGCGGGUUCUUUCCAGUGCUUCUGCCGCCGGGGUUUCCGUCUGGACGACGACCGGCAAUCCUGCAUCCCACUUGAAGAUGCAGUUGAGGCCCUCUCCAGCGGGGGUCCCAUCGAGCUGCCACUCAUCCGCCCCCAGCUCACCUUGCUGCAGGACUACAACCAACCUCUGGAGCGCUAUGACGACUACGAAGACGACGAGGGGGAGCUGAGGGCCGAGAGUAACCUGGCAGAGAAGUUUGUGUGUUUGGACGACACCUUCGGGAACGACUGCAGCUUGACGUGUGACGACUGUUCUAGCGGAGGAAAAUGUAACGUGUGGAAGAAUGGCUGCGACUGCCCCGAUGGAUGGACGGACAUCGUCUGCAACCAGACGUGCUCCGAGGGAAAUUUUGGUAAAAACUGCUCCUUCCACUGUAAGUGUAAAAACGGUGCCAGCUGUGAUCCGGUCACUGGGAGCUGCCGCUGUCCACCAGGAGUCAGUGGAGACUUGUGUCAGGAUGGUUGUCCAAAGGGCUUCUACGGAAAACAAUGCAACAAGAAGUGUAACUGUGCAAAUAACGGACGCUGCCACCGAACCUACGGAGCCUGUCUGUGUGAUCCAGGACUGUACGGACGCUUCUGCCACCUCCCUUGUCCUAAGUGGACGUUCGGAGCCGGCUGCUCUGAGGAGUGUCUCUGUGUCCAGCAGAACUCUCUGGAGUGUCACCGGCGCCAUGGCACCUGCGUCUGUAAAUCUGGUUACCGGGGCAACACCUGCAAGGAAGAGUGCGAACCCGGAACGUUUGGAUCCGGCUGCGAGAAGAAGUGCUCCUGUCCUCCUGGAGUGUCGUGUGACCAUGUGACCGGAAUGUGCCAACGAAAGUGUCCUCCUGGUCGUCAGGGGGAGAACUGUGAUCAAGACUGUCCAGACGGAUGGUUCGGAGCGGGCUGCGUUCAUCCCUGCAACUGCACCAGCGCCCCCUGUGACAAAGUGACAGGACAGUGCAAGUGUCCGGCAGGGACGACAGGAAAACACUGCGAGACCUUGUGUCAGGAGGGAUUUUGGGGACCAGGCUGCAGAGAAACCUGUCCUGCUUGUGAGAACGGCGGCUCGUGUGAUAAACACAACGGAUCGUGUAACUGUCCUGCUGGAUUCAUGGGAAGACUCUGCCAAGACUCGUGCCCAAGUGGACAUUUCGGUCAAGGCUGCCAAAUGAGGUGUGUGUGUGAGAACAGCGCUCACUGCGACCCGGUGACUGGACGGUGCACCUGCGCUCUCGGCUGGACUGGACACAACUGCAGGAAAGUGUGUGAUGUGGGACACUGGGGAGCCGACUGUGCAGAAACCUGCGACUGCAGAAACGGAGACGGCAGCUGUGACGCUGCGACGGGCCAGUGCAGCUGUGAGGCUGGUUACACUGGGACCCAGUGUCAUCACAAGUGUCCAACAGGUAUGUUUGGUCUCGGUUGUCGUCACCGGUGUCAGUGUGACAACAAGGCGUUGUGCGACCAUGUGAGCGGAGCUUGUACCUGCCAGGUGGGAUGGACGGGAACCUUCUGCGAAAAACCAUGUCCUCAGGGUUUCUACGGCCUCGACUGUCAGGAGAAGUGUUCGUGUCUGAACGGCGGCAGCUGCGAUCAUGUCCGUGGAGUUUGUUCGUGUCCUGCCGGCUGGAUCGGUCCGUUCUGCAACCUGACUUGCCCGCCCGGCUUCUAUGGGGAAGCGUGUAACCAAACCUGUCGCUGCGGCAACGGUGGCGACUGCCACCCGGCCAGUGGGCAGUGUGUGUGCACGGCGGGCUGGACCGGACCCAGAUGCACAGAAGAAUGCCCUGCAGGGUUCUACGGAGCCGACUGCCGGCAGCGCUGCUUGUGUCAGAACGGGGCCUCAUGUAAUAAGACCAGUGGAAAGUGCACAUGUGCCAGUGGGUGGACGGGUACAGCCUGUGAACUGGAGUGUGUAGCGGGUCGGUUCGGGGCCGACUGCCAGCAGCAGUGUGAAUGUGAGAACGGUGGCCAGUGUGACAGGCAGACGGGACGGUGCAGCUGCCGCGCCGGCUGGACCGGAGAGCUCUGUGAGAAAGCAUGUGAAGCAGGCCUGUUCGGUGCUGGCUGUGAGGAGAGAUGCCGGUGUGUGCACGGGGUUUCAUGCCACCACGUCACCGGAGAGUGUCAGUGUCCACCGGGCUGGAGAGGAAAACUCUGUGACAAAGCAUGUUUGCCAGGUACGUACGGGAGGAGCUGUGUGCAGCAGUGCAGCUGUGCUCAGGGAACAUCCUGCCACCACAUCUCUGGAGAGUGCGGCUGUCCUCCCGGAUUCACCGGCAACGGCUGUGAGCUCACUUGUCUUCCAGGAACAUUUGGUCAGAACUGUAACCACGUCUGUCAGUGCUCACAGACAAACCAGCUCUGCCACCCGGUGUCUGGAUCAUGUUACUGCGCCCCAGGUUUCCAAGGUCCCAAAUGCGAGCAAGCCUGUGGAGAGGGUCGUUACGGUCCUAACUGCGAGAGGCAGUGCAAGUGUGUGAAUGGAGGGAAGUGCGUUUCUUCCACUGGAGCCUGUGAAUGUCCAGCAGGGUUCAUAGGAGCACGCUGCAACAUCACGUGUCCAUCUGGGCGUUAUGGUGUCGACUGUGCUCGGGUGGCCACGUGUGGAGAGGGGGCCAAGAAUGACCCGGUCACCGGUCGGUGUGUGUGCAUCCCUGGACGAAGAGGAGAGGACUGUGGACACAGCUGCCCUCCAGGCUGGUUCGGGGCGGGCUGUGCCCAUCGUUGUAACUGCAGUAAUGGAGGAGUGUGUGACUCAGUAACUGGCAACUGUACCUGUGGUCUGGGCUGGACCGGCGCACACUGCGACAGAGAAUGUCCCGUGGGCAGAUUUGGUGCCAACUGCCAGCUGAAAUGUAAGUGUCAAAAUAACGGCACGUGUGACAGAGUGACGGGGACGUGUCAGUGUGGUCCAGGCUUCUAUGGACAUCUGUGUGAACAUGCCUGUCCUCCUGGUCUCCACGGCCCGCUGUGCCGGCUGCAGUGCGACUGUAUGAACGCAGCCUCCUGUCACCCCGCGUCGGGCCACUGUGUCUGUCCUCCAGGAUAUUACGGAGCCCGCUGCCACAGAGUGUGUGAACAGGGAACUUUCGGCCUGGGAUGUGCUAAAGUGUGCGACUGUGAGGACGACUCUCUGUGUGACCCUGUGACGGGAAGAUGUCUCUGCUCCUCAGGGAAGACGGGACUCACAUGUGACAUCGACUGCAGAGCAAAUCACUACGGCCCAGACUGCGCUGAGACCUGCGAGUGUCAGAACGGAGCCCGAUGCGACCGACGCAACGGCCGCUGCAGCUGCAUGCACAGCUGGAUCGGCCUCUCCUGUCAGGAAGGUGGACCUCCACGUGUCACCUAUGGGAGCAGCAGCAGAGGAGACUCACAACACAACUCAUUAUAGCAUCUACCUGAAAGACUCCACCUGGAACUGAGACAGUGAUGUUUUCUUUACCUAAGUGACUCGAGCGAGUGAAAGGGAGUCGUAGCAGCUGGAGGAUCUUCAUGGAAAUAGACUCUCUGAUGAGAACUGCAGCUCCAUGUUCGGACCUGAGCUGGACGAUACUUCAUUUUUUGUAUUUUGGUACCAAAGUGACCUUUGAACUGAUCGACUCUGUGGCGUGAGCCUGACCGGUCACCGGUACUUUGUGAGCGUCUUGAGCUCAAAGUGGAACGACACCGUAAAAUGAAAACAGCUUCAGUCUUCAGGAGAACUACUUCCAAACUAGAAAUACCACCCUGCGGUUGUAUGCCUCCGCCAACCAGUGCAGUUUCAGUCCACAUAUUUUUAUUUUUUCAGAUUCUCAUUAGGUCAACGUGAUCUAAUCAAUUAAUCUGUGUCCAAGUGACAACUUGUCAAAAUUUGAAGAAAGCCCGACAGUCAGACCAGAGAAAUCAUGUUCAAGAGGCCACAACGUGUUUUGUGAGGCCACCGAGACUUUGACCAUCAAAUUCUUAUCAGUUCAUCCAUGAGUAUUAAGUGAACAUUUUCACCAAAUUUGAAAAAAGUCCCUGAAGGGGUUCCUCAUAUGUUCACAAGGCAAACAUUGUGUUUUAUGAGGUCACAGCGACCUUGACCUUUGAUCAUCAAAAUCUAGUCAGUUCUUCAAACCGAACGUUAAAAUUUGAAGAAAUGAUCUUGAGGUAUUCUUUAGAUAUGUUAACAAGGAAGGGGACAGACGACCAGAAAACACCAUACCUCCGGCGACUGGCUGUCACAGGUGUGGAGGCAUAAAAACGUCAGCAGUUUGUUUUUACUGCACUUUUAUAUACAAAUACCCACUGAAGGUAUUUUAUGUUUCAUAAGUUUCAACAAAAUAUCAAAAUAAUCUCUUAAUUUUGUAAGAAAAUUAACAAUAUUGUUGGAUGUGAUGCAGCCAUGUUAUAAAACUUGCCAGUUCAAUGAAGUUGUUUUUCAGUUUAUACCAAAUGAAGUACUACCCUCAGCCUAAUGGUGCUAAUGUGCUUUAUCUCCACAUGUUUAAUAGAAAGAUAUCAGUCAAGCACAUUCUUGGAUUUUUAAUAGAAAUCACUUAAUUUACACAGCUAGCUUUCAAUGUCUAAAUGUUUUCCUUUGAAUUGAUUGUGUAUAAGUUGCUUCCUAUUUAUAUUUAACAGUUGAAUAUACGUCAAACUUAAAAUGCAUUGUUUUUGUUUCCCACUGGAUAAACGAGAUUCUGCAGCUCUGCCAAACACAGGGAACAACCCACAAUCAGGUUUAUUCUUUUUAACACACAGAUGCCAAAUAAAGACAGACACAAGA